AUGAAGGUAUUUGUCUGUGCAUUGGCAUUAAGUGCCUUGAGCUUCACUAAAGCUGGAAUCCUUUCCGGAGGCGGAGGAGGCGGAUACGGAAGUGGUGGUUUGGGAGGUGGUCUUAUCAGCCACGGAGGCAGUGGCGGUGGAUUAGGAGGUGGAUAUGGAAGUGGCGGAUUUGGAGGUGGCCUUAUCAGUCACGGAAGCAGUGGCGGUGGAAUUGGAGGUGGAUAUGGAAGUGGCGGAUUGGGAGGUGGAAUUAUCAGUCACGGUGGAAGUAGCGGUGGAUUAGGAGGUGGAUACGGAAGUGGCGGUUUGGGAGGUGGCAUUAUCAGUCACGGUGGAAGUAGCGGUGGAUUAGGAGGCGGAUAUGGAAGUGGCGGAUUGGGAGGUGGUAUCAUUAGUCAUGGAGGAAGCGGAGGAGGACUGGGAGGCGGAUAUGGAGGAAGUUUCGGCGGUAUUGGAGGUGGAUUCGGUGGACACGGGUCGAGUUCCGGUGGUUUAGGAGGCAUUUCCGGAGGAUUCGGUGGACAUGGUCUCAGUUCCGGUAGUUUAGGAGGUAUUUCAGGAGGAUUCGGCGGCCAUGGACUCAGUUCUGGCAGCUUAGGAGGCAUCUCUGGAGGAUUUGGCGGAUAUGGAGGCAGUUCCGGCGGCUACGGUGGCAGUAUUGGUGGAUUUGGAGGUAGCAGCGGAGGAAGUAGCUUCAAAGUUGUGAAAAUUGGGGGAUUGGGUGGUCUUGGUGGAAGUUCCGGUGGGCUAGGAGGUGGAUACGGUGGACAUGGAGGAAGUUCCAUUGGAUUGGGAGGUGGAUUAGGUGGAUACGGAGGCGGAAGUGGAUUUGGAGGUGGUUAUGGAGGUAGCUCCGGAAAAUGGUAAACCUUGCUGAAACAACGAAAUAUUUUUAUUAUAUCUUCAAUAAUUUAUUUUUGUUAAUGUUUUUAUUAAAUGAA